AGUUACGAGUCUCUAAGCGACGGUUUAGUUUAUGGAGAUGUAACGUAUUAUGCAAAGUGUCGUUUUUCUUUUUCACUGUUGAGAUUGACUGAUGGGGGAGGGAAUUACUCCGUUUGCGAAACCAGGGUAACAACACAGGGUUGUUUUGAAUGGACUUAUAUUUUGGCUUGGAAAACUAACUUCACAGAGCUAGCUAGCGAGUUAGCUUCCUAGCUCAGCACAUAGACAGCAAACGGCAGUCAGUCUGUUUGCUUAGUUGCUGCAACAACUUAUGAAGACCGUCCAGCCCAUGGAGAAACAAGAGCACAGUGCACGGAGCAAGCCCCUCUGUCUGUAGGAACCUGACAGAUAUGAGCACCGAGAGAUGAUAUGGCAGAAUAAUCGCGUGCAAAUGUUAAAACAGGGCAAUACGCAACGCAGGAAAUUGGAGUAAAGCGAAUCAUAAGGCUUUGCUACCCAGCAGCUUGUGUGCCUGUGUGUGUGCUCGAAGUGCCUAUGGCGGAGUUUGGGGAGGACGGCCGCCUGCCUCCAUUGAAUCUUGAGGAUACGGCCGUGCCCAGCGACGAAGCAGCUGGGAAGACGCAUUGCGAAGUGUCCGUCUUGAAUGGAGAUUGUGGGAUAUCAGAAAAUAUGGUCGGUUCAGGAUCCAUCGUCGCACCUGGCAACCAAGCCGGGGAAACCGCCAACACCUCUGUGGGAUUGGAUGGCAAAUCAGAAAUACCACGCAGGAGCAGCAUUAUCAAGGAUGGCUCAAAACAACGUAAAGAAAGAAAGAAGACUGUAUCAUUCAGCAGCAUGCCCACAGAGAAGAAAAUUAGCAGUGCUAGCGACUGCAUCAACGCAAUGGUGGAUGGCUCUGAGCUAAAGAAAGUGCGUUCCAAUUCCCGCAUCUACCACCGCUACUUUCUCCUUGAUGCUGACAUGCAGUCUUUGAGAUGGGAGCCCUCGAAGAAAGAAUCAGAAAAGGCCAAAAUUGAUGUAAAAUCCAUCAAAGAAGUGCGAACGGGAAAAAAUACAGACACUUUUAGAACUAAUGGAACCUAUGAUCAGAUUUCAGAGGACUGUGCCUUCUCAAUUAUUUUUGGGGAGAACUAUGAGUCACUGGACUUGGUGGCAAACACUGCAGAUGUAGCCAACAUUUGGGUAACAGGGCUGCGGUACCUGAUCUCCUAUGGGAAACACACCUUAAAUAUGAUAGAGAGCAGUCAGAACAACAUGCGCUCAUCUUGGCUCGGUGAACUUUUUGAUGAGGCAGGCAGUAACAACAGCAAACAUAUAACGAUAUGUGCUGCUCUGCAGUUAGUCAAAAAGUUAAGCCCGGGACUUAAAAAUUUGAAAAUAGAACUGAAGUUCAAGGAGCUUCAUAAAGCUAAGGACAAAGCAGGUUCUGAUGUGACAAAAGACGAGUUCAUUGAGGUCUUUCAUGAUCUUUGCACCAGACCAGAAAUUUAUUUUCUCUUUGUUCAGUUCUCUAGUAACAAAGAAUUUCUGGAUACCAAAGACCUAAUGAUAUUUCUGGAGGCUGAGCAGGGUAUGGCACAAGUCAGUGAAGACACCAGCUUAGAGGUAAUUCAGAAAUAUGAACCGUCCAAAGAAGGCCAGCUCAAGGGUUGGCUUUCUCUUGAUGGGUUUACCAACUAUCUUAUGUCUCCAGAGUGCCAUCUAUUUGACCCUGAACAGAAAACAGUGUGCCAAGACAUGAAACAGCCUCUGUCCCACUAUUACAUUAAUGCAUCCCACAACACGUAUCUGAUAGAAGAUCAGUUCAGAGGUCCUUCUGAUGUGACAGGGUACAUCCGUGCCCUCAAGAUGGGCUGCCGCAGUGUAGAGCUGGAUGUGUGGGACGGGCCUGAUAACGAACCUGUUAUUUACACUGGUCACACAAUGACUUCACAGAUCGUUUUUCGCAGUGUCGUUGACGUCAUCAACAAGUAUGCCUUUGUUGCAUCUGAGUUUCCACUGCUACUGUGUUUAGAAAACCAUUGCUCCUUAAAGCAGCAGAGAGUCAUGUUUCAGCACCUAAAGAAGAUUCUUGGUGACAAGAUCCACCUAGACCCUCCAAAACCUGAGGACUGUUACCUUCCCUCUCCAUCAGAACUGAAGGGUAAGAUCCUGCUGAAGGGUAAAAAGUUGAGCACGAACUGCACUGCUUCAGAAGGUGAGGUCACAGAUGAGGACGAGGGUGCAGAGAUGUCUCAAAGAAUAAGCAUAGAGUCUGCAGAACAACAGACUAUUGCACCCAAACAUUUCCAGCUGUCAAAGGACCUCUCUGAUCUGGUGACUUUGUGUAAGUCUGUGGAGUUCAAGGACUUCCCAACAUCUUUCCAGAACCAGAAGCAAUGGGAGCUUUGCUCUUUCAAUGAAGUCUUUGCCAGUCGCUGCGCCAGUGACCUCCCUGGCGACUUUGUUAACUACAACAAGAAGUAUCUUGCACGAGUUUACCCUAGCCCAAUGCGGAUUGACUCCAGCAACAUGAAUCCACAGGAUUUCUGGAAGUGUGGUUGCCAGAUUGUGGCAAUGAACUACCAGACUCCUGGACUGAUGAUGGAUUUAAACAUAGGCUGGUUCCGUCAGAAUGGGAACUGUGGCUAUGUGCUGCGUCCAGCCAUCAUGAGAGAGCAUGUGUCAUAUUUUAGUGCCAACACUAAAGAUUCAGUGCCUGGUGUUUCUCCACAGCUCUUGCACAUCAAGAUCAUCAGUGGACAAAACUUCCCUAAACCCAAAGGCUCAGGUGCCAAAGGAGAUGUAGUGGACCCCUAUGUGUAUGUGGAAAUACACGGCAUUCCUGCUGACUGUGCUGAACAAAGGACUAAAACGGUCAAUCAGAAUGGGGACAACCCUCUGUUUGAUGAAAGCUUUGAGUUUCAGAUAAAUCUCCCUGAGCUCGCAAUGGUGCGCUUUGUGGUGCUAGAUGACGACUAUAUUGGUGAUGAAUUUAUCGGCCAAUACACCAUCCCCUUUGAGUGUCUCCAGCCAGGUUUUCGCCAUGUACCUCUGCAGUCUCUGACAGGGGAGGUUUUGCAACACACCUUGUUGUUUGUUCAUGUGGCCAUAACCAAUCGAAGAGGAGGCGGCAAACCACACAAAAGGGGACUGUCUGUACGAAAGGGCAAGAAGAGUAGAGAGUAUGCCAGCAUGAGAGUGCUAUUGAUCAAGGCUCUGGAUGAUGUCUUCAAAACAGUCAUGCUGCCUCUAAGGGAGGCAACAGAUCUCAGAGAAAACAUGCAGAAUGCCAUUGUGUCCUUUAAAGAGCUGUGUGGCCUUUCAGCGGUGGCUAACCUGAAGCAGUGCAUCUUGGCCCUUUCCCCUCGACUCACUGGAACCGACAACAGCCCCAUUCUGUUGUUCAACCUCGCUGAACAAUACCCCAACUUGGAGCCCCAAGGUCUGCUACCAGAGGUUCUCAAGAAAGUUGUCACUACCUAUGACAUGGUGAUCCAGACCAGCAAGACUCUGCUGGAGAAUUUUGAGGGGCUGUAUGACAGAAUUCUACAAACCCAAAAAGCAGCGAUGGAGUUUCACGAGAACCUCCAUGACUUAGCUGUGAAGGAGGGGCUGAAGGGCAGGAAGCUGCACAAGGCGGUGGAGAGCUUCACCUGGAACAUCACCGUGCUAAAGGGUCAGGCAGACCUCCUGAAGCACGCCCAGAGUGAAGUCCAGGAGAACCUGCGGCAGAUCCACUACUCUGCACUCACCUGUAACCUGAGUAAAGGCGCACCGGCGGGAGGCUCCUCCGGCUCCGAGUCCAAGAGCAGACGCAGCCUGGAGGCCAUUCCUGAGAAGGCCACGGCAGAGCAGGAGCUCACUGAUGGGGAAAGCUAAAGACCCACAAUCCUGUUCUGCUCAGACUUCUACUGUUCCUGCCUCCUGAGCUCCAAACCCAAAGCUCUUGCUCUCUCUGUUAGCAUUCUGCAGCAUCAUCGCUCUACAAACAACAGUGUUUUUUCCACAUUCCAUCUUGUACAUUCCUGUAUCGCAAGCACAGCUGUAACUUCUCAGCCUUGUAAUCAUCAAUAAAAUGCCACAACUGCUCCAGGACAAAAAUCCUUCCCAAGUUCAGAUCACAGAAGGUUUGGACAGGUUUGAAAAAUGACUGUGAUUAUUUCUACGUCUUAAUAUGUGAGGGAGCUGUCCUGAAAGCUGGAAAAGUAUGAAACAUGUGAUGCUGCCUAGCCAUUAAGUGCAAAAGCAUAUAGAUACCAAAAGAUCCAGCAAAAACCCGAUACUGGGGAGAUGUGGAAAGGGACACGUGUAGAAAUGCUGAGGAUGAUCAUAGUGCCAGACAAAUAUCUUAACUCCACCCCAGACUCACCAACUUCUUCAUCUAAAGCCCUGAUUCAUUAGUUUGUUGCGCUCCCGUCAUUUCUCUGUCACUGACUCACAUUUCCUGGGAAGGCGAAUAAACUACCAGCUACGUGACCAUUCAAGACUUUGACCUACUGUUCAGAGACUGCACUUCUACUCAACGGACCAGGGUGUUACCCGAGGAAACAAAAAAAGAAAAGAGCCGUUGGAUAACUAUAAGAGAUUUCUUAAAGCACAAUUUUUUUGGAAAUAUGAAUGUAAAAGGACAAAGGGAGCGAAAGUAGUUAAGGACAAAAGUGGACGCAAACGUUGUGAAUGAGAGUAAAGAGCUGUUUACAAUACUGUCCAUGUUCCUGUCUGCCAAAAUAGUCACAUUUAUGUGUAUAUAUAUAGUUUCCUGUUCCCAUUUGUUUCUGCAGUGCGUCAUUUUAUUAUUGUAUACUUGGAAAUAUAAGAUUUAUUUUAUAAAAGAUAUAUGAAUUUGUCUGUGGAAAAAGAAGACAUUAAUCGGUGUGUACAUAACGAGGGUUGUCACUGAAGAAAAGUGACCUCAGCUUCUUCUGCUAGGUGCAAACAGCGAAGUGUCAUCAACCAGCGACUGCAUGAAGAGGAACCACGACUGGGUGAUGAUAACAUGGACCCGAAAACAGUUUGGACCCUGACACAUUUUCCUACUUCAGCCUUUUAUCGUCUUUAAUUAUUUGGCCUUUAUUUUUCGGCCACGGUCCUCCCAUUUCACAAAACUGAAAGAGUUUGAGAAAAAAUCAACUCAAAUGUUUUGAAGGGGGGGGAAUUAACGAAAGGAUUGCCUGGCUUGCAUCUGCACAAACUGCGCAGCCAAACAAGUAGCUUUUGGGUUGCUCUGGUGCUAUAUGCAUGUGUUCACAGGUAAUAUGCAGACUUUAGCACAAAUCUACAUCUCACAGCUAAAUUAAAAUGACCAUUGUCUUCAGAGACACGGUGGUAGUCACUCCCAGACUUUCCACUAAGUGUUUGUAGCCAAGCUUAAACUCAUUUAUUCUGGGAUGCAUUAACAGGAGGCAAUGACAGCUGUUUUAAUGAAAAAGAAAUGAAUAGAGCUCCCCUAUAUGUCAUCUUUGAAAUUACAUCUAAAAGUUCAAUAAGGUGUAAAUGAUUUCUUCUUUAUUGCCACAAGACUUCUCUGUUGAUUUUAAUUUGGAACUUAAGACACUUGCAGGUGCAAAUAAAAUAAUGUGCAAUAGUGCUAUGAGCAGCUGCAAUACAUAUUUGCCCCUCAGUAUUAUGUCAAAACAUGUACUUUUGGAAGUGUGCAAACUAUAAAAGGUGUGCUCCCAACAUUUAUCAUUUAAAACCCCAAACCAGGAAAUCAGGUUAAAAAACCAACAAAUUCCCUUGAUCACUUGUAAUCAUUAAGAUCAUAAUGGUAAAUGUGUUUUCACAUUUUCAUUUGUCUACAUGGCCACUGAACGGGAGCUACUGUACACACAACUUUAAUUGUGCAUUUAAAAAUGUCAAUCCAGAUGUCUUGCUUCGCUACCUUUCAUCUUGUUGUUAGUGCGGAUCGGAAGUGGUUCCUGUCUGACUUGCAACACUUUAACCCUUUGUGAGAAUGUUAACUCAGGUUUGUUGAAGAUGGUUUAGAAGGAUAUGAACUUCAGAGUAAUAAUAGCUUCAUAUCCAUUCCUUGGGACAAAAUACUAUCUGACACACCCUGUGAGCCACAUUAAUGCUAACUAAACGUCUGCAUCAGUUCCUCAGUAUGAAGGGAGAGUUAAGGGUUUACUUAAAUGUUGCUUCAUUAGUGCUCUUGCUUGCUAUUUAUUAAACAGUCCAGAAGUCUGUCUUUUAUUUCAAAUCUCAAGAAAAUGAUGCCUACUAAAAGGUAUACAUUUCUUCUGACAAAGAAAAAACGUGCUACCAUCAGAUUGUAAUUCUUAUUGGUUGUGCAGCUAGUUAAUCAUUUUACUGAAAAGGUGUUUCCAAUAUUUGGUCCACGUACAUAUCAAUGAAGGCAGGCAAAAUAUUAGAAUCUUCACUUAUAAGCCCUAAAAAAUGUCAUGGACAACAAACUAUGUCCUCCAAAAUAUUCAUAAAUUUAAUUCAACAUAUUUCUGAAACAGUUUGGAGAAAUACUUCAAACCAUAAUCUUCUUGGAGGAUUUAUUGUAGGGCUGUUGUAUAAGAAUAUAUUAUUUCUAGACAGAUGUUCCUAAUAAACUGGGAACUGAAGGUAUGUGGUUUUGCAAAACCAGGACAAAGAGAUAGGGAAUAAUAUGAGGGCCAUUUUUGCAGCUUUAAAUUAAAGUGACUUUCUGUAAAAUAAUGUAAAGCCUGUGUUUGUACGUAGUAUGUAUUUAAUUGAAAACUAAUCCAAAUGGCAUUUUGUUAUUGACAGAUGUGCACUGUAGCUGCCUGAACUAGUGAUACGUAGGUGGUUAGAUUAGGUUGUUUGUAAUAAUGCAUUCGAAGUUUAAUUUGUUGCAAUAUAAAAACAUCCGCCCUAAGCUUUAACACUUAACACAAUAACAUGCUAGUAAAUACUCAGUUUAAAGCCUACUUUAAGUCUAGCAUUAAAACGUAAUUUUUUAGGAUAACUUGAGUCCAAGUGUUGCCUUAAAUAUUUCCAUAGAUAUUGGUGGGCGUGUGCUUAACAUGACUGAAGUCAACAUAUUGAUCACCAGCAAGAAAUCAACAACCUGAGUUCACUUUUGAAUAUCCAAAAGGACAAUAAUAAUCAGCAUUAUGACUGUUAAAUGAAACCCAACCAUAUUUUAUACUUCUUAUUUUGCCCCUUAGUGCUCACAAUGCUUUUUGGUUUUAAUCCGUCCCCACCUACAGGUCACAUGACCACUGAGAAGGCGACAAAUGUUAUCUCUGACUGUCCGUGCUGUGCCACUCAACUUAUUUCUACUUGUUGAUGAGAGGAUCAAAGCAUUUCAACUGUAAUCCAGUCUCACAUCUUCAUCCAUAAAGUCUGAAAAAUAGAACCUUCGAAAUAAACAAUGUUGGAUAGA